GGACUUUGCAUGCUUGGGCUCGUCGGCAACCGGACAGGAGGACAGCAAGGCGGAAGCGCAACCGGGCGUCGCUGGUCCGACGGGCGGCACGUGUCAGGGAGCGUGACAGGGGCGGCAGAUCCGGACCUCCACGUCCGUAUCCAUAUCCACAUCCAUCCAUCAAACACGGAAGAGAGAGAGGAAGGGAGGGAGGGAGAGGAGAGAUUAUUUUGGACCAGUUCCACCGCUUAAUUUGCAGGACCGCCACCCCCCGCGGCGCCGACGAUCACCUCAGGCGUGCGCGGAUAUGGGGCGCCGCGGCUCCUACGACCGCCUCGAGGCGCUCUCCCUGGAGAUCGAGCGCAAGCUGCACAAGGCCCUGAUGUCCAACUCACAGCGUCUUCAGAUACUUCAGCAAUUGUUUGCUGACAUCGCAUUGAAGGUGGAUGAUCGCGCUCGAGAUGCAAUUAUGAGUGAGAGUGAUGAUGGCAUUGCUCCAGCAGAUGAACGGGAGGAUGGUUGGCUAUGCUUCUAUGAGAUUCUUGCCAAUCAUUUUGUUAGAGUGCCUGAAAGUGGCAGGCGUAUACUUGAGUUGAUUGUGCAACUCUGGAGCCAGUCCUUCGCGGCCAACAUAUUUGCACUUCUUUUCCAGAAAUGGUUGUUUGAAGCCCCUCUUGAUGAAAAAGAAAUAUCGCUACGAUAUAGCUCUGCUCUUGUUCAAGGUGCUACAAAUGUAUUUUGGAUUGACAUACAGACAAAUACAAGACAUUUUCUCUCUUUGUAUCAUUAUCUCCUUGAGGACGUUGCUCUAGUCCCUGAAAGACUUAGUAAAAUAUCAUUACAGGCUGGUAGAGACCUUUUCCUUCUGCUCUCUAGAUUCAUGUUCUUCUAUGAUCAAGAUCACAUGCUUUCUAGUUUCCUAGAGCAUUUUCCCAAUUUCCCAAAUUCCUUCUUGGUUGGUGGACCAGCAGAUUACUUUGUAAUUGAACUCGCUGAUCAGCUUCAAAAGCUAAAAAUUGAGCCAGUACUACUACACUACCUCUCCCGCAUGAGCAUACUUCAAGGGUUGGAACUGAGGUUGAGUACAAGCACCAGACUAAAGGCCUGCCUCUACAGCUUCACUUCUCCUGGUGGCCCUACCUACCCAACACGGGCGGUGCGGCACGCAGCCUGGAACACCUUGGAUUUGCUGUUCCCUAUCGGUCGUUACCCGAGGCACGUGAUCAGCCUGUUCUUCCGGCUGCUGUAUCCGUGGUACUGGCCUUCCUCUUGCUGGAACUUCGUGAUGACCUGUGCCAUGACCGUGUACUACUACAUCCUGAACCUGCUGGUGUCGUGUUGGGAGAACAUGAGGCGGCGGCCCAGUCACCGGAGAACGCACGGUGAAUGAAGACGCGGCGGCCCAUCCAGUGGCACCUUGUGUUGUUGUUGUUGUUCAUUUUUCUUUCCUUUGCGCGAGUGGUGUAGUAGUUAGUAGCAGCGGCUUAUGUGUUCGUCGCGAAACAACAUUCCCUGUAUAAUAUAAACUGCUGUACUUGUUCAGCUGUUGUUCAUAUAGGAAGAGCCGAAUGAAGAGGAACAGCUGGUAAUGGAGGGAGAGCGUGUGCGCGCAUUU